AUUAAUUUUCAUAUUGAGAUUAUAAAACCGCUAAAAUUCAAUUUUGCAGAAAUUAUAAUUCUUUUUGAUAGAGGAGAUGCGAAAUUGGAAUAUUUUGAAUUCAAUUGUUCCCGCGAUAUACGCGCUCGUUCUGCAGUUCGAUAAAUCGAACUCGGUAAUGUCGACUAAUCGAUAGCCGCACGAAAAACGUGGCCUACUCGAUCCUACGCGAUUGUGACAUUCCAAGUACAGUAGUUCGCCUGAUUAAAAAAGUCAUCGCACUUCCUAUGCCUGUGAGUGUGAGCGAUAGCACGAUUAUCGUGAAAUGCACUAGAGCACGCGACUCGAGUGAGAGCUUCGUCCGCUUGUGCGUGCCAAGAACCGUGGAGCUUUGCCUCGAUCAUCAGCGAAUGCUGACGAGUGACAGCUCGCUGCUGACAGCGCGUGAAUCAGUGAAUCGUCGCGGAUCGUGUCCGUUCGAUUAAUCCGCGAACGAUCAUAUGGUGCUCGUAACAGCGCGCGUGUCAUAAGAAUUGCCGCGCUUCACUUCAGGCGAACGGCGAGGCAACGCACGGACCUUCCUAAAAAUGACCUGACGACGAGGACACACGAGAGCGCGCCCAGCGGGAGGCCUAUAACAUGAUACGCCCUUUCCUCGAUGAAGAGGAUGCCUGGUGUUACUGGGUUGUCUCGGUCGGCGCCCUGCUGUCAUUCCUGGGCCUCGUCGCCGCCUGCAUCUGCAGCUGUCGACGGAACGAAAACAAGAAUGAAUUUCUGGGACUCGCUGGUAUGGUAACACUGAAUAAUUCCGAAACAGACGGUUUCAACAGAAUUCCAGUGUUGGAUGUGUCCCAAGUUGUUGCGCAGGAUGUCAACGAUGGUGGAAAAAGGACUGCAAGUGCCAACAGGAGUCUUCCAGAUAUCCCGAAAGACAAGAGCAGAGAACAUGAGAAUAUGGUGGAGUCAGUACCUCAGGAUAUUUAUGAGACCACUGAAACUAUGGAAGACCAUUCAGAAUUGUAUGCUACAGUCCAAGAUGCAGCGCAGGAACAGAUAUCUGAGAGGGAAGCACAGGAAGUUACCCAGCAAAGUUCAUUGACACAAGAUAUAUCGCAUCAAUAUACUAGAUUUGCGUCUCCUAUCUCUGACAACGUUGAACAUCCUUACGCACAAGUUCAAAAUGUUCAGAAGACUGAAGCUAGUCAAGUAAAUAGAAGUAAUGUUAAUCAAAUCGUAAAUAUCGAGAAACCGUCGACAUCGACGGGUCAGCCGAGGGGAAACCCGGUCGCGCCACCGAGGGCCCGCCGAUCAUCCUCGCACAACUCACUCCUCAGCUCCGAAUCGCACUGCGACAUUCAAGCCGCGAACGCUAUCUCCGGUGGUGUGCAAGCUAAUCAAGACUUGCCCUACAUGACGCCGCCCCUUUUAAUGCUACUGCCACACCCGCCGCACUCUCAGCACAACAGCCCGCAACAGCACUUUAGCGGUGAUUCCCAAGAUUCGAAGGGAUACACGAGUAUAAGCGUGCGGGAACCACUAGCUAAUAUAAUCGCGCAGACCAAAGCAGCCUACAGGCAGAAUCAGUCGACUCGACCGAUCACUGAUCCCCAUUAUGCUACCGUUUCUGACGAUUCGGAUGAAAUGUACGCCGCGAUUGACGAGCAAGACAAGGUGUACACUAGCGGCAGCGAAACGUACGCCCAGAUUCAGCCGACGACGUUGGACGCGCAGAGACAAGCGCAGCAUGAGCAGCCGGUAUUUUGCCAGGCUGCUUCGCGCACGGAAGAAACGCACCCUGCACCGCAACCGCCUAGCGUCGACAGUUUGCGUCACGUCGCACACGCUCAUUCUAGACAAGCAUCGUCAUCGAGUGCCACUAGUUCCAUCAUCAAUCCAGGGUCGCCUAAACCCGAGAAGCGUCAGGCUAACUCGCCAUUACCGCCGCCGCCCGAGGCGAGUGCGGAAGGAUACGCGUCUGUUGACAAGAGCAAGGGUAAAACCGACGAGAGAUCGAGGUCUUCGUUGUCGAUGGGUAAGUCGCUCGAGGACAUGUACGCGAAGGUAAUGAAGAAGAAGAAGGAAGUGGAGGAGCAGCAACAACAACAGCAGCAGCAGCAGCAAGCGGACACUCACCCAAGCGUCAACAACGUUCUGCAUCCUGAAGCGAGUACUUACAGAAAACUGAGUCUCAUAGAGAUCAGCCGGGCGUCGUGGUGCAGCCACGAAUCGGUGGAAAUCCAGAAGAAGGAGCCUGACGGCACGCAUUACGCCGCUGCGGGCAGCGCCGCGAGCAAUUUCCACGUCGAGAGCGAGAGUAAUUCGAGCUUGAAGUUACCGAAACCCGAGAGAGACGCGACCCUGCCGCACAUAGAGAUCGAUCACGGGUACGAGGCCGUCGACUCCACCAGCAACGACAGGAGGAACUCGGCGGCGAGGGGCAUCGCGAGCUUGUCCGAUCCAAAUUACGAGAUGCUGCGAUCGCAGUCCGCGCGCGAGAACGACUAUCAAAGCAACUCGAUAUCCGCUAGGAACAGCGCAGACGCGUCGUACUCGGUGCCGUUCAAACAUCGGCAGGUGAGCAACGCCAGCAGCGAGGACCCCGGCUACGAGAAGGUGCGGCUGCGACGGCGGGUCGAGCUACUGGACCAGGACACGGAUUCCGAGCCGAAUUACGAGAGCAUGCCGCACGACACGGGCGAGCCGAACUACGCGUCGGUGUGCCGACCCGGUGACAGCGACACGGACCCGAACUACGAAUCCGUGAGCCACGGCGACCCGAAUUACGAGAGCGUGAAGUACAUGACCGUCACGCGAAACGAGGAACCGCCCUACGAGCAAGUGAUGAAUAACUUUCCGGUGGACACGAACGCGGACGGCUACGAGAAAGUUAAGGACAAGAAGGCAACGACCAAUGCCGAUUACGAGAAGAUAAAUCUGAAUAAUACCCUGGAACGGAUCAGCAACGGCGGGGAUACCGAUGACGAGCAGUACGUUCAGGUGUAACGCGCAACUUGUGACUCCUCGGCCAUAAUCUCAAGCUCGUAGAAAAUUCCGGGUGGAAACGUAUUAUAAAAUUCGACCUCCGCGAUUCAACGAGCAAUUUUAUAGCGUAAGAAUGGUAAGUUGUCAAGUUAUGUCGAUAUCAGUACGAUAAUGAGGAUAAGACUGAUGAAGACAAACAGUGAGAGUAAGCUUACGAGUGAAGAGAAUCUGCAUUAUUUUUUCAAUUGUCUUGAUCAGACGCAUUCUCCCCCGGCGAUAGCAAAGCUUGUGAUUCGAGAAGUUACCGCGUCAAAAACAAAAGAACGUUCUUAAAACGUAUCGCAUCCGAAAAAUGUCGUCCGUGUGAGUUAUAAACUUGAGAAAGACCAUUGUCGCGCGUCUGCCUUUAAUAGCAUUCAGGUAUUCGUCGUAAGCUAAGACAUCGUACGAUGUUAUUAUUCGCUAGCUAGCGCGAUCGAAGUAAUUCUCAUCGAACAUGAAUCUAACUGCAACUUGACAAUUACAAAUGACAAAUGCGAGACGCAUUAAUUUUUAUCCAUUCACUGAGGACAACAAGCCAAUCUUUAGAUGUUCGAUGGUCGUAUAUUUUACCGGGACACGUUCGGUUCGUUUGUAUUUCUCGCGACAUAUUGUAAAUAGGAUAUAUUUACACUUCGUAGUACGUGCGAAAUUUAUUUUAGAGAUUUAUUAUUUAUUGCAGCAACGCUUGUGUUUACGCGGAGUGCUAUAUAUUUAUCAGCCAAUAUUAAUGUACCACUAUUAUGUAUAUUAUCGAUCGAGUAAGCCGACACUCCUCAAACUGCAUCAAAUUAAUUAACAAGGUAAGCAACGUGUAGAGUAAAAUUAUAAUCAAAGCAACGGUAUAUAUCGCGCAAGAGAACUACCAAUAUUAUCUUAUUUUAAUAUCAGCUGGUCUGCUAUUUUUUUUCAUUAAUCUAUUAAUCGCUAUAAAUUAUAUUAUUUUGUACAAGUUAGUUAUUAAGUUUCAAUAUUUGUCAUAUUGCAAUAUUGACAUUUAAUUGCUUCCUUCUUCUUCUUUUUCGAACAAGAUGUACAUCGACAAUUUCAGAUUAUCAAAAGCAGUGAAAUUACGAAGAACUAUGCGGCACAGCGGAUAAUCUUUCAACAGAGCUUUAUAAUGAGAUCAAUUUUAUAUUGCGAUACAAGUUUUCUACAAAUUUUCUACACUUUUCACUUAACGUGAUGCAAGACAAUUAGCGUUAACUUUAGAAAAUCUCACAUCGAAUUUUAUGUUUUCAUAAAAGAAACGUUUAAUUUAUCAUAUUAUUUCUUUCUCGUAUUCUUAUGUAUGUAUCAAAUGAUAACAAUGUAAAUGAAUUUAAAUGUUUCAUUUACCUUAUCGAGUCUUUUGUAUUUUAACCGAGAUAUUAUAUAUCUCAUAUUAUAAUGCGAUAUAUUCAUGAUAUAUAUCUUUUGAUAUUAACUGAAAGUAUAUUUCACGGUUUUUUAAUUAAUUUUUACUAAUUCCUCGUAACAACAUAUGUGUUUCAUCGUAACUGAAUCACAGACAUUAAAUAUAAAAGUUUUAUAAAGCGGUAUGUGAUAAAACAGAAAAACGUAUUUCGACAAAAAUCUAGAAAACAAAUACCAGAUUUUUAUUACAUAAAAUUUAAUACAAAGAGAGAAAUAAUGUAAAGAAUUAAAAUAAUAAGCAUUACUUUAAAGUAUGAUAACAACGUAUAAGAGAACAAAUAUGCACGCCUAAUAUAUAAUUAAUGAGUAGGUAACAUACGAACGUAAAUAAGUUAUUAACAAAUUCGAUUUUUAGUACAAAUACAUUAGUUUCAUUCACUACAAGUUAUUAUUUAACAAGAAAAUGCAUGAAAAUAAAUUUGAAAAUAGAAAGUCGCUGUUCGCAAAAAUAAUAAUGAUAGAUAUGAUGGAAUAUUAAAAAACAUGUCCUCGAAAGAGUAGGAUGCUUUAUUAAAAUCGGAAGUAAACUAUGUGUUUUCUUGUAAAUAUGGCGUAUUUACAACGAACUGUCUCAUAUGAUUUUCUAACAAGCUCAACACCAUACAUGCUUACAAAUAUAUUUAAUAAUGCGGUUUGUAAUCAUUUUUUAAAUGAUAUUCGUUCCAGGAUAAACGAAACGUCUUCGAAAAAAAGAUUAUUAAAUAUCGUUGUAAUUUUCGAACAAUGUAGAUAUACGCUGUAUAUAGUAGAUCCUUUUUUUUAUAUAUUGUUAUAUAUUUAAAGACAACACCAUGUACAUAAAGGCGCUAUUUUAAUAAUGCAGUCAUCAUAUUACACAAUUCACAAAAAUUUCUCAUCUCCAUCUAUAACAAGUUCUGUGUAACGAUGUAAUCUUCCACGUAAAUUUUUUAAGCUCGAUAUCGUCAUCUCGACAAAAAUGAAAACUCAUAAUUUUAUUAGAAUUAUAUAUAUAUACUCCUUUGUAUUUUUGUGAGAUCCGAAAAUUUUAUACAAUAAAAAGCAUUUUCA